UGGAAUGGGUAAAGCAUUUAAGUUUGAAAGCAGGCCGUUGAAGACGGGGAGCGAGCUAGUGAAUAAUCGUGUUUAAUUGUGCGUUGACGGAGAGUUGAGAGCAGGAAAUGUCUUUUCCGCGAGCGAAACGAUUUACGGAAAAACCAAGUUGUGCACCACCACCAGGAAGUUAUGAUCCAAAAUUUGAUUCUAAAGUCAAGGGGUUGGUCAUAGAGAAAAGUGAAAGAUUUACUGAUCUCAAACCACAAGUUGCAGGAGCUGAAAAUCCCAACACUUCAAUAAAAAACUGCAGUUCAUCCUCACUGCCUGUGUUUCGUACUCCACAACCACCAAGGAAACUAAGAGAGAAUUCCCAGAGAUCCAGGUCCCAAACCACUGGAUUGCAGCAUGCUGGUAAAAAGGACAGUGCGACAGAUACAGAAGACAUUGACACACAGUCAGAUGAUGGCUGCUUCAACUGUGAUGGCAAAAGGAGACUGCGAUUUGAUAGCAUGGACAGAUCAUUUACCAGUGAAAAAAUUGAGGAAUUGUCAAGAGAAUUGAAAGAAUGUAGAAGUAGGUGUCUGUCAUUAGAGGUUGCAAUUUCUCAAUUGGAAAUUGACAAAAAGAAUUUAAGCAGUAUUCAAAAUGAAAUGACUGAAGAGUUAUCCAAAAAUAAAUUGUCCCUACAGAUAAGUCAAGAUAAAUGUUGUGUUUUGAAUAAUGAGCUUGAACUGAUGAAAGAAACAUUGCAAGCCGAAAAGAUAAAAUAUCAGGAACUCAAGAAUUCACAUGAUGAAGAGUACAGGAUGCUGGAAGAAUCCCACAGGAGACUUAAUGAAACUUUCAAUGAUCUUAAACAGGGUUCAGAAAAAUUGCAACGUGACUGGGAAUCUCAAGUGUUGGAAGAGAAAGCUAUAAAUUCUGACUUAUCAUCGAAGGUUGCACAAAAACAGCAGAUGAUACUUAUGUUACAGGGUGAACUUUCAUCAUUGGAAGUUGAGUUUGAGGACUGCAAAGCAGAACGUGAUAAAAUGGUCAGUGAGCAUAACAUAGAAAAGGCUGCAUUGCUGUGUGAAUAUAGCAAAAAUAUUGAAAAGCUUGAAAAACAGAUAGAACAGAUAGAAAGCAGGCAUUCUGUAGAAAAGCUUGCUCUUGAGGAACAGCUUAGGAACUUGGAGACAGAUUGCACAGAAUAUAAGAUGGCAAAAACUAGUUUGGAAGCUGUGCUGAGUGCCAAGGAAAUGGAGGUCUCAGAGUUGAUUGCAGAGUGUGAAAUCCAGAAAGCAGAGUAUGCUGACAUGAAACUGAAACAUGAUAAAGAUUUUAAGAUCUUAUUAGAGCAGUUUCAGAACUUAAACGAUACAUUUUCGUAUAUAAAUAGAUUUUCUGAGGAAUGUGCACUGAAACUAAAAGAAAUAAGUUUAAAGUAUGAAACAUUGAUAAAGCACAUUUUGCAACUGCAUAGCAAUAAAGUCAAGGAGCUGGAGAAUUAUAUGGACUUGAAGAUAGAAGGUAUGAAGAGAGACUCAGAAAAAACAAUUUCUGAUUUAGAGGAAUCAGUUUUGCUGUUAAAGAAAGAAAAAGUCGAUACUGAGGACAAGUUAGCCUUGAAAACUGAAGAACUCCAUAGAAUAUCUGCUGCUUUAGCUGUGUUACAGGAUGAAAUAGGUCAGAUUACAGCCACACGAGAUGAACUUCGAGUUUCAAAUGUUGAGCAGCAGGUAACAAUAGCAGAACUGAAAGACAAAUUGGAUUCUGUAAGUGUGGAGCACAACUUGUGUAAAGAAUCGAUGGCAACUCUGAAAUGCUCCUUAGAAGCAUCCGAGGAUCAGAAUCGUAAAUUUGAAGUUGGCAAUAGAAAUCUUAGAGACAGCUUGCAGGCUCUAGGUGUUCGUCUUUUAGAAAGUGAGAAAGAUGUGGAGCAACUGACUGCGACAAGGGACCAGCUUGAAGCAGAAAAAGAAGAAUUAAUUGCAGAAGUGGCAGGCUACAAGGAGAAACUGAUCACACAAGAGGAAGAAUUACAAAAGAUCGAAAAAGAAAAUCUGAGGCAGAUAGAACAAAUCCGAAAUGAGCUGCUUGAGAAAAUAGAUACUUUAAAAUGUAAAUCAGUACUGAAAACUCAGAAUAUGCAGAGUAUGAGACAUGACGUAGAUUCAUUUGCUGGUCAACUUUCUAUGUUUACAGAAAAAUUGCAUCAAGUAAAUGAAUAUGUUGUACAAUUAGAAACUGCAUCACAAGAGCAAGAUGCAAACAUUCAAGAACUCCAGAUGCGGUUGCAGGCAAGUGAAAAAGAACUCUUACAAACCCAAAGUUCUUUGGAGCUGCAGGCAAAGUCCUACGAAGAACGCAUAUCCGAGCUAGAGGAUGCACUGAAGCGGUCAGAAGCAGAGAUUGAUGUUAUUGCUGAAAAAUUGGAUCACCACAAAGAAUGUGCUCAGAAACAGAUUGGUCAGCUUAUGCAGGAACUUGAAGUAAACAGAGACUUUUCUCAGAAAUCAGCACAGCAUAUAGUUGAUUUAACAGCAUUAAAUGCAGAUAUUCAAGCUUGUGUAGAUAAUUUGUCAGUGCAAAACAUGGAUCUUAAAAGAAAUGUGGAAGUUAGUGGUAAUGAAAUAAUGGACAUAACUCUUCAAUUGAACUGUGCCUUACUAAAACAAAGCCAGUGUGAGACUGAACUUAAUAAAUUAAAACUGGAGAGAGACGAAAUCACAGUAAAUUUAUCAACACUGAAAAAAUGCAGUGAAGAACGUUUGAAGCAAAUAUCUAAUCUUGAAAAUAUAAAGAUUAUCAAAGAAAAGGAAAUAGAAGCAGCUGAGAGUAAUAUAGUCAGACUUCAGUGUGAAGUUGCUUCAAAAGAUGAGGCAAUUAGAGAGCUGAAAUCAGAGUUGGAUGAAUUUAAAGAAAGAUACAGUCCAGAAAAGUUUGAAGCUGCAGAAAAAAAGUUUCUUGAAGCAGAAAAUACUAAGUCACAGCUGAUGUCUCAAAUUCAGCAGCUUAAAGAUGAAAUUUCAGGUUCACUGUCAGAGCUUUCAACAAACAAGUUACUACUCGAAGAAAAAUCUCAAGAGCUUGAGAAACUGCAACUGACAAUUCAAGAUAUGCAAAAUAUUUUGAAUGACAAGCAGCAUGAAAUUGAUUGCCUUAGCCAAGAGAAGAAUGACCUCCAGCAGUGUAAGAUUUUGGCUGACAAAGAGUUGGCAAAAGCAGAACAAGAAAUAAAGUUUCUGAAAUUGUCAGUUAAGAAACUUGAAACAGAAACAAAAAAUAAUAUUGAUAAAUGUAAACUUGCUGAGCUUGAAAACACUGUGGUGGAAUUGAGAUUGAAGUUGACGACUGCAGAGGACCAAUUUAACAGGCAGUUGCAAGAAUAUGAAGAAAGAGCUCUACGUGCAGAGAGACAGUGUUGUCAGCUAGAAGCUCUAGUGGGACCAUUCAGAAAGCAGUUGGAGAGUUUUCUGGCAGAACGAGGGGAAAUUCUACGAGGAAAAGAUGAAACAGAGGAUGAACUGCGAAAUCUAGCUCUGAAAUACGCUCAUCUACUUGGUCAUCAGAAUCACAAACAGAAAGUAAAAUAUGUUGUUCAGUUACAAGAGAAGAAUAUGGAACUUCGUGAGGAAGUGGAAAAACUGAGAUCACAGGCUCGUGCUCAGAAGGCUACAGUGGACAAAUUGAAGUCUGAAUUGACAGCCUCAGCCCGUAAAAAAGUGGGUACUACUACUGCAGCCAGGCAAAUUCUUAAGAAUAGGGAUAACAGUCCCGGGAAGAAACCUCCAAAGGGAAAAGAUGGUGGUGAUGUAAGUCCUGCACGGCAUGUACCUGUGGGAAAAGAGAACAGCCCCAUUCAUACUAACUUCGUAAGAAGUAAAGAAAAUGGUUCAUCAAACAUGUCACCUGUUGCAACGUCUACACCGAAAGCAUUCGUAGACAGAGGAAAUAAUGCCUAAAAGUAAUCUGAGCUUAUCAAUUUUGUAUCAUGCACUUGAUGUGUAAAUUUUUUUGCCCGCAAAUGUUAUUUAUUUUAAUUUUUAUUCAGUUGCUGAGGUUGAAUUGUGGUGGCUUAGUGCUAAAAAUUUCAUUUAAUUUAAUGGAUGAUUUUCUUUUUGUAAAAGAAGGCAGACGUUAACAAUUUCAUUCAGCAAUUAGCUGUCUAUGUACUUUUCAGGUGACAGUUCUUGUAACAUCUCUGGUUGCCAAAAAUUUAUGACUCAAUUCUUCAAAAGAAGUGAGGUGUCCUGGCUUAGCAAUAGAAUAAUUUGCUUUGAAGAUAACAAAUACUCAAUAACAAAAUAAAAAAAUGGAGUAACUACCACAAUUCACCAAUUGCAAAAUAUUUAAAGUGUGGUGUAAUUUUAAUAUUAGAAUUAUCUCUGUGUGUGUGUGUGUGUGUGUGUGUGUGUGUGUGUGUGUACAAUUCACCAAUUGCAAAAUAUUUAAAGUGUGGUGUAAUUUUAAUAUUAGAAUUAUCUGACUGUGUGUGUGUGUGUGUGUGUUUGUGUGUGUGUGUGUGUGUGUGUGUGUGUUUGUUUGUUUAAAGGAAAAAAGACUGACAACUUGCUUCCAUAAAUUUACUGUGUUAUUUACCUUACAUUCCAGUGUAAUAACUGGUUUUGUUAUAUGCCAAAUUAGUGUGUAAGAAUUCUGUGUAAAUACUUGACUGCAUUGUGCUGUCUUUACUAAAUCAUAGUGGCACAUAUUUUUACUGAGAUUGAUGCUGUCAUUUGAAGCUUGUAAAUGGGCGUUAAGAUUUUAGCAUCAGACAAACCUACAAUGUUGGUUUUUAGUAAAUUUGUAUGUGUUGAUAGUUGUACAUUUAUGUGAUCAUGGACGUUCAAAUGUAACAUUUACUGGAGGCUGCCCAUUCAAAGAAAAAGUUCCAGCAUAGGGUGAUAAGUUUUUAUUUUUAUAUUGUAAUAAAUUUGUUGAAUGCACAGCUGUAUUGGCUGUGACAUCAGUGUAUACAAUUUUUUGUGUCUUUGUAUUUUUUAUUUGAUAUAUCUUGUUUCUGUGUGUGGUCUGGGAGUGAGAAUCAAACCUUUGUUAAGUCACAUUACAGUGAUGGUCAUUUGGUUUGUGAUAACAGUCCAUUCUCAUAAUGUGUGCUAAUGUUUCUUGGCUUUCAAUAAAGAAGGAAAAAGAAGAAGGGACAUAAUGUCUGUACGAAUGCUGCUGUUCGCAACACAUUUCAUUUUAAUUGUAGCAGUAUGUCAGAGGCUGCAAAAGAAUUACAUCAUUUCACUAGAUUUAUAUGACAGCAGUUUAUAAAAGGUGGAAUUGCCACAACAAUGUGUUCUGUAACCACACUUACUUGAGUACUCCCAUUUAUCACUAGAGCCAAUGGAAAAUAAUGGAAAUAGUCAAGAUAACCACUUAGGUGAGUGAAGUUGAGGCACUGAACUGUUGGACAAGCUCACAAACAAAUUGGACACUGCUAACCUUUCGGACAAGUCAUGCUUAAGAAGAGCUCACACACACAAUCUUUCCCAAUUAGUCUUAUUAUUGCAUCUUUGGAUGAGGACUCUGUGGGAAGACUCGGUGUUUAUAAUUUUGUUUAUUCCAGUAUCAAACUAAAUUCAGUAUUUUGUUUUUAAGACAUUGACAUCUACUAGCUGGUCUAUCAAAGAUGUUGUUCAUUACAUAGCUAACUAUUCAUCCAUUUGAAUAAAUGUGUUCUGUUUAUUAUUGGAAGUGAUUAAUUUAAUAUUUAUAAUAUGCCUGCAAUAGCUGAACAUCAGUAAGAGAAGGUUCUAUAAAAUAUGCUACUAAAAAACCUUUUUCUAGCUUUUCCCCUUCACGUUUAAGAUACAUAAAAGUUGUAAAUGUAAUUAUACUUUUGCAUAUUCUGCAGCAGACGUCAAAGACGAAAGAUGAGGAGAUUCCAUAAUUCUCAGGCGUAACUCUCACAAGU